AAACCGCCUACAAAAAUGUUCUCCUGCUGCCGUUCCAAUCCCAAGAAAAAGGAUAAAAACAUCGAGGAGGAUGGAGAAAAGGCCACCGAAAAGGGGGAACCGCAGCUGAAUGGAAAAACGGAGAUUCAGGAGGAUAUCCAAAAGGAUUCGGCCAAAGAGGAACCCUCGAAACCAGAAAAGGCGUCUACAAAAGCGCAUAAUCCUGUGGAUGAAGGCACCCAGGCAAACCUCACUGCCCAACCAACUCAGGCUGACAAAUCACCAGCAACUUCUUCAGCACCAGCACAAGUUCCAGAUUCAAAGAACCUGGAAACGGAGGCGACAGCAGCCCGCUCGACGCACUCUUCCACAUCCACGGCACCACCUGCUUCGAUGACCAGCGGCGAUGCGGAGGAGUCGGAUGACGUGGUGGUGGCGGCGGCUGAAGUUACUCCAACCACGCCACCACCACCCCAGCCACCGCCCACCAAGAGCUGCCUGUCCCGCCACAACUCCACGCAUCAGUCAAUCAAAAAGAAGGUGAACAUCAGCAAUCGGGCAGAGAUCAUUGAGCCGGAUCCGCUGCCCCUACUCCUGCUGGCCAGCCAGAAUCAGAACUCCCUGCUGGACGACGACGAGGUGUUCUCCGACUCACUGCCUCCUCCAAAGCGGGAGAGCAUGUGUGCUCCAUACAUCGAGGGGGGGGAUGUUGUUUCGGAGACCCUGUUCUUUGCCCACGGACUGCCCUCCUGGUUCGACGAUGAGCGACUCAAUGAGAUCGGCUGCAUCGAGCCACCGGUCACUCCAGUGGGACGCGACGAGCUGGAGCUCAAGCGCCAGCGUCUCUACACGGAGCUCCUGCGGGCUGCUCACGCGGCUGUGGAGCACAGCGUGGCCGUGCGGGAUAACGAGCCGGAAGCCAAGCCCACGGCUGCUGUUCACCACUUGGAGAACAUUUGCGAGCGACUGGAGACCCUCGUCGACCGAUUGGAACGCACUUUAACGGCUCCCCAGCCCAUUGAACUGCCCACGCCCACUCUUCCGCCCCCGCGAACCGAAGACGCAGAAGUUGCAGAAGAAGCUCUUCCAGUUGCAGAGAAAGUAGAAUCGCCACCACCACCACCACCUCCUUUACCGCCCAGCAGCAGCAGCAGCAGUAGCAGCAACAUGAGUGUCGCCGGAUUCGAGGACAUUGUGGCGGGUCCGCUGAGCCAAUAUCUAUCCCUAUCCGCCCAAAUUGGCGGCGAUGUGGCCCAGCAUGCGGAGCUCGUAAAGAGCGCCUUUGACUUCCAACUGCAGUACGUGACGCUGGCCACUCAGAUUGCCCAGCCGGCGCAGCCCAAGCAGGCGGAGCUAUUGAAACCGACCUCGACGCAGAUCAGCGCCAUCCAGGACUUCCGCGAGAAGCAUCGCUCCUCGGCCCUGUUCAACCACCUGUCGGCCAUCAGCGAGAGCAUUCCCGCCCUGGGUUGGGUGUGCGUGGAGAAGACGCCCGGUCCGUAUGUCAAGGAGAUGAACGAUGCCGGCCAGUUCUACACGAACCGAGUGCUGAAGGAGUGGAAGGAGAAGGACGUGAAGCACGUGGAGUGGGCACGCGCCUGGGUGCAAACGCUCACCGAGCUGCAGGCCUACAUCCGGCAGUAUCACACCACCGGUCUGGUUUGGUCCGGCAAGGGAGCUGCUCCCUCGGGCGGUGCUCCGCCACCACCACCACCUGGUGGUCUGCCCCCACCGCCUCCCAUGCUGGAUCUGAGUGCCCUCAAGCUGGACAGCGCCGGAGAUGAUCGUAGCGCACUGUUUGCCCAGAUUAACCAGGGUGCCGACAUCACCAAGAGCUUGAAGAAGGUAACUGGGGAGAUGCAGACCCAUAAAAAUCCUUCUCUGCGCACAGGACCGGCUCCCUUCAAAACGCCAGCCCAAGUGGGCGGUAAUAAAGGCGCUAGCGCUCCUUCAAGUGCGCCCGCCAAGGCGCCCGUUUUCGAGCGUGAUGGCAAGAAGUGGAUCAUUGAGUACCAGAAGAACAACACCGGGCUGCUGGUGGAGAAUGCCGAGAUGAACAACGUGGUGUAUGUGUUCCGCUGCGAGGGAUCCACGUUGACCGUCAAGGGCAAGGUGAACAACAUUGUGUUCGACUCUUGCAAGAAGUGCUCGCUGCUGUUUGAUUCGGUGGUGGCCUCCGUGGAGUUUGUCAACUGCCAGAGCGUCCAGAUGCAGGUGCUCGGCUCGGUGCCGACGGUGUCGAUCGACAAGACCGACGGCUGCCAGAUGUAUCUGUCCAAGGAUUCGCUUGGAGUGGAGAUUGUCAACUCCAAGUCGUCGGAGAUGAACAUUCUCUUGCCCGACGACUCCGGCGAUUAUACCGAAUUGGCUUUACCAGAGCAGUAUAAGACCACCAUUGCCGGCAAGACCCUCAAGACUGUUUGCGUGGACAGCCUCGGUUAAUAUGGAUACCCUUUAAAGGAAUCCCAACCGUUGCUUUUCCAACUAUCAUCAGCAAAAUUAGCCAGGCAGCAAUCAUAAUUGUAUUUAAUUAUAAGCGCAAAAUGUUCGUAUUUCAGAGAUUUUUAAACCAAACUUUUCGUAAUGACGAGAUGAUGUUGCCAAAACUUUGCUAUCCUGGCUAGUGGAAAGUAUUUAUAUAAUUUAUUUCGAUGGAAAAGCGAUGGCCACAAAACAACCGAACCCAAUGUAUUUAUAUCGAGAGUGUGUGUAUUGAAACUGAGCACCCAAUUCGAACUUUUGAAGCAGACUCUUUACCCGAUCAUCAGAUGUAACUCUUUUUUAUAUUCUAUUUAAAUAAAAUUUAAACAUUUUUUAUCAGAUAAA